AACCCUCGUUUUCCCGAUUAUAGCACUGUAUCACUCGUCUCACCCAAUGUGGCGGUCGGCGAUUUCAGAACGACAAAGGGCAUUCUCGAAGCUUCUAUUCGCCUUCACAGUGUCCCGCAACAUGGGCGGCGGCCCUCGAACCUUCCCCGGCGGCGUCAACAAGUGGAAGUGGAAGCGCAUGCACGAGAAGCGCGCCCGUGACAAAGAGAAGAGACUUCUCGAACAUGAGAAACAGCUCUAUCAGGCUCGCAUUCGCUCCCACAUACGCUCCCACCUCGCACCCGACAACUCAACCGCCACCGCCGCCACCACCCACGGCCCUAUCUCCCCCACUGACCACAUUAGGGCCCUCGCCAACCGCUUCAUGAAGGAAGGAGCUGAAGAUCUCUGGAACAACGACGACGGUCCCCUAACGGCUUCUUCUUCUUCUUGUUCUUCUCCCACGCGGCAGCAAGGUUCGAUUGAGGCGCCGGUGGAUUUGCGGAAGCUGAUACAAGAGAAACGGAACCCCAAUUCAAUGAAUUCGAGUGGGAAUUUCGGUCAGAGGAGGGGUUACCAUUCUGUUUCUGAGGUGAAUUCCGGUGUUGGUAGCAGUAAGAAACUUGCGCCUGCUGGGAGGAGAAGAUUUUGGAGGAACGAUAGUACUUCUUCGAGUGAGAGUGAAUCCGAGGAUGAGAACGAUUCGAGGGUUAAUAAUUGGGAUGUUAGGAAGAUGGGUAGUAAUGCUUCUUUGAGGAAGCAUGAUUUGAAGAGGGAGAGGAGAGUGAUGCCAAAACCAUAUGAUGAAGAGGCUGAUUUUACAGAACAGGUUGAGCUGAUUAAGUAUGAGAUUAACAAGAGGAAGUUGAAACAGAAGGAAAUGGAAGAGUACAGGGUUGAGGACCAAGAAUCCAUCCUAACCCAAUCAAGAUUUGAUGAGUGCGGUAUAUCGCCAUUGACAGUCAAGGCUCUCUCUUCAGCUGGUUAUAUCCACCUGACCCGGGUGCAAGAGGCAAGCCUUUCUGUUUGCCUUGAGGGUAAGGAUGCUCUGGUCAAAGCUAAAACUGGCACGGGAAAAAGUGCAGCAUUUUUGCUUCCUGCCAUUGAAACAGUUUUGAAAGCUAUGAAUAGCAAGUCGCGUCAAAAUGUGCCACCUAUAUUUGUUCUUAUUCUCUGCCCUACCAGAGAACUUGCCAGUCAAAUUGCUGCUGAAGCAAAGGCUUUGCUCAAGUAUCAAGAUGGCAUUGGUGUACAAACUCUCGUAGGAGGGGUGCGAUUUAAAGUUGACCAAAAGCGUCUUGAAUCCGAUCCAUGCCAGAUACUUGUUGCUACCCCUGGUAGGUUGCUAGAUCAUAUUGAGAAUAAGUCUGGACUAUCUGUGCGAUUGAUGAGCUUGCAGAUGCUUGUACUUGAUGAAGCUGAUCAUUUACUGGACCUUGGAUUUCGAAAGGACGUAGAAAAGAUUGUUGACUGUGUGCCUCGUCAGAGGCAAUCCUUGAUGUUUUCUGCAACCAUCCCAAAGGAGGUCCGCCGUGUAUCUCAACUUGUUUUGAAAAGGGAACAUGCAUACAUUGAUACAGUUGGUAUGGGUUGUCUGGAAACUCCAGUGAAGGUCAAGCAAUCUUUUCUUAUUGCUCCACAGGAAUCACAUUUUCAAAUAGUACACCAUAUUUUAAAGGAGCAUGUCAUGCAAACACCUGAUUAUAAGGUUAUUAUUUUCUGUGUUGCUGGAAUGGUAACAUCACUUAUGUAUCAACUUCUCCGUGAAAUGAAAAUUAACGUGAGGGAGCUACACUCUCGAAAACCCCAACUGUAUCGAACUCGCAUAUCAGAUGAGUUUCGGGAAUCCAAACAACUGAUUCUUGUCUCAUCUGAUGUUUCAUCUCGUGGAAUGAAUUAUCCCGAUGUUACUUUAGUCAUACAGGUGGGUAUUCCUUCUGAUCGUGAACAAUAUAUACAUCGUCUUGGAAGAACUGGACGGGAAGGCAAAGAAGGGGAAGGCAUAUUGUUGAUUGCUCCAUGGGAAGAAUAUUUUUUAGAUGAAAUCAAGGAUCUUCCUCUAGAGAGAUUCCCUUUUCCAGAUAUAGAUCCACAGACAAAGCUUAAGAUAGAACAUUCCAUGGGAAAGAUAGACAGUGACGUCAAAGAAGCCGCAUAUCAUGCUUGGCUGGGUUAUUACAACUCAAUUAGGGAAAUUGGAAGGGAGAAGUCCACCAUAGCUGAGCUUGCAAACCGGUUUUCUGCAUCAAUUGGUUUACAGAGGCCUCCUGCGCUCUUUCGAAAGACUGCUUUAAAGAUGGGUUUGAAAGACAUUCCUGGCAUUAGAAUUCGUAGAUAACCAGGGCCUAGGAGCAGUUAAAUCUUAAAUGUGUUACACACAGACCGUAUCUGCAUUUUCACCCAUUUGCUUAUAUUUGAAGUUGCAUCCUCAGCACUUAAGCAGA